AUGGGGCCAUUGAAAGAGGGUUCUGUAAUUCCUGGAAUAUCAGAAGCGAGUGAGCUGCGAAAGGAAGAAGAAAUACCCAUUGAAGAUGGAAGGAGAGGAGAUGUAGACACAAACAUGGCGAAUCAACCUGAUAAACACAGAAAAAAUGUACAAAAGCAUAUAAAUGGUUCAAGGGAUAAUAUAUCUGCAAGCAGCGGUUCUCUAUUUUCUCCAGAUCAGGAGGCAACACUUAAAAAUCUUUCUUUUCAGGGUGUUCCUAAUUCUGCAUUGAGCCGUCCUGCCACAAAUCUUAACUCUAUUCAAAGUACCAACGAAAAUACCCCAUAUUUUCCAGCUGAUCUUAAUCGUCAUGGUAAUGUUACGCGCAGGUCUACGGGCCAGAUACCACAUGCACAAUUUAAAGCUGGCGAAGGGAAUAAUAGCACUUCUAAACUGGAACAACGCCCCACACACCAUAAAAGAAGAUCAAUAAUAGGCUCUAUUGAUGGUAGGAUAAAUACUAAUAACUGGGGGAAAGAAUUUGGUGAUGCAUUCAAGAGGCUUUCAGUGAUGUCCAAAUUAAAACUACAAAAAAAAUAUCAAGCCAUAAAUGAACAGUUAUAUGAUAAUGAAAUCAAUGAACAAGAUAUACCUACCCAAAAGUUAGCUUCUGAUCUGAUUGAUUCACUUCUGGCAGGUUCACCCGGUGCUUUAUUCGCUAGUACAAUAUUUUUACGUGAUGAACAUGGAAAUAGAAGGGCUCCAUUACUUUUGGCAAUGCUAGAAGUAAGAGUUCAACCGAUCUAUGGUCCAAUUUCGUCUGAUUCAUCUGGUGGCGAGGAAGAUGACGAAGAUGAAGAAGAAGAGGAAGGAGGAGGCAAUGAUACUAGUAUCACAAACAGAAAUCAAAGUAAUGCUGAUGUAACGCACCCUACAAACGAAAAUUAUUCUUCUCACCCUAGAAAUGAACAUGCAGAUAAUAAUGAUAUAUCUUCAAGAAGGACAAGUUUAGGCAGCUUCCAAUCUAAAUCCAAAAAAAAGUAUGUGGAGAAAAACAACGAUUAUACAAUGUUUAAUUUAAAUUUAGAAUAUGGUGUGGGAUCAAGACGACAGAAAUGGUCUAUUAUUAAAAGUUAUAAAGAAAUUGCAACUUUACACAACACAUUGAAACUUAUUUUUCUGCAACAAUUAGCAGCCAAUAAACUUUAUAUAAAUAAUGGAAAAGUUGGAAAUAUUCGAUUACCUAAAUUUCCUAAAUUUCCCAAGAAUGCAUUGAAAAGAAAUCAUCAUUUGGAAAGAAGGCGAUCUUCUACCCGUGAAAAUGUUAAUAAUACUUCUGGUAUUGGAUUAUCUUCUUCAGCAUCAACGAGAUUUUCAUCUCCAUCUCUCAAUAUAGAAUCUGCAUUGAGCGAUAACACUUCUUUAUCUGAUUCGCGUCAUUCUUCAUUAUUUGCAUUCAACAUUAAUGACAUUAAGAUGAAACAUUUAGAUGAUUUAAUUGCUGAAGAAGAUACCCCUUAUCAACCAAUGCAUUUGAGGCUAGAAAGGUAUCUAAGACUAUUAAACCUUGCACUGUGUCUAAGACCCCAAGCUAAUAGACUUUGUGAAUUUUAUGAGUUUUCACCUAUUGGCAAUUUAUUGAGCUACGAAAACGGCUAUCAGGGAAAGGAAGGCUCAUUACAUAUAUCAUCAUCAGCCAAAACACAAGGGUGGAGAUUUUCACAUUUGAAUACAAAUGAUUUUAAAGAGAUGGUGGAAAGACACACAGAUAAAUGGUUCCUUGUAAGGCAUUCAUACAUAACAUAUGUGUCAGAUUUAUGUUCCACCACCCCACUUGAUGUGUUCUUAGUCGAUUCAAUGUUUAAAAUCCACCUUCCAGGUUUCAAUAAAAAAAAAUAUGAAGAGCUAAUGGAAGCAGAUGUGGAUUGGAGUAAGGCCAAAUCUAAAAAAUUAUCAACAAAACUUUUAAUCACUUUAGAAAACAGUGAGAGAAAGAUCACACUGGUUUGCAAGUCUGAAUACAAUAUGAAACAAUGGUCAAGGUCAAUUAAACAUAUGCUAAAGUCAACGAUAUGGUCCCAACCUCAUAGGUUUAAAAGUUUUGCCCCCGUCAGAAAAAAUGCAUUUUGUAAAUAUCUAAUUGAUGGUCGUGAUUAUUUUUGGGCACUGAGUGAGGCUAUACCCAUGGCAGAAGAUGUCAUAUAUAUUCAUGAUUGGUGGUUAACACCUGAAUUAUAUCUAAGACGCCCUAUUGAUGGUAAUCAAGAAUAUAGAAUUGAUAGACUUUUGAAAGAACGUGCUGAAAAGGGUGUAAAAAUAUUUAUUGUUGUUUAUAGAAAUGUUGGAACAACUGUCGGUACAGAUAGUUUAUGGACUAAACACUCAAUGUUAAAUUUACAUCCCAACAUACAUUUGAUCAGAUCACCUAACCAAUGGAAGCAAAAUAUUUUCUUUUGGGCUCACCAUGAAAAAUUUGUUGUCAUUGAUCACACAAUUGCCGUUGUUGGUGGUAUCGAUCUUUGUUAUGGUCGUUAUGACACUCCACAACAUGCUUUAAGAGAUGACAUUGAAGAUCUUAAAAAGCAGAACUUCCCUGGAAAGGAUUAUUCCAAUGCGAGGGUUAGUGAUUUCUAUGCUCUAAAUAAGCCAUUUGAAUCUAUGUAUGAUAGGAAAGAAAUCCCAAGAAUGCCCUGGCAUGAUGUUCAAAUGAUGACAGUGGGAGAACCAGCAAGAGACUUAGCCAGACAUUUUGUUCAAAGAUGGAAUUACCUACUGAGAGAGAAACGGCCGAGCAGAUUGACUCCGUUACUAACUCCUGCUAACGAUUUUACAAAGGAGGAGCUAGAGAACUCACCAUUCUUUCAAGUACUUAAGGGUAAAUCAACUUGUGAAGUCCAAAUUGUUAGAAGUGCAGGUGCUUGGUCACUAGGUAUCAAAGAGAUAGAAAGUUCCAUCCAAAUGGCAUAUUUAAAAUUAAUUGAGACCAGCCAACAUUAUGUAUAUAUUGAAAACCAAUUCUUCGUCACAAGUUCAAGUUGGGAUGGUGUGAUUAUUGAAAAUAAAAUCGGUGAUGCUCUCGUGGAUAGAAUUAUUAGAGCAAACAAUGAUGGAAAAGUUUGGAAGGCGAUCAUUGUAAUUCCGUUGAUGCCCGGAUUUGAUCAUCCUAUCGAUGAAGCAGAAGCUUCUAGUAUCCGUGUGAUCACACAAUGUCAGUACCAAAGCAUAUCCCGUGGUGAAACAUCAAUCUUUGCUCGUUUACGGAAAUUAAACAUUAAUCCUACAAACUAUAUUCAGUUCUUCUCAUUAAGAAAAUGGUCCACGAUUGGGCCACAUGAUAAACUGAUGACUGAACAAUUGUACGUACAUGCAAAGAUAUUAAUAAGUGAUGAUAGAAGUUGUAUCAUUGGAAGUGCGAACAUCAACGAAAGAUCACAACUUGGAGACAGAGAUAGUGAAGUGGCAGUAGUUAUUAGAGAUACAGAUUUAGUCAAGAGUAAAAUGAACGGUCAAGAAUAUCUUGCUGGCCGAUUUGCAUGGGAAAUGAGACAACGAUUAAUGAGAGAACAUCUCGGUUGUGAUGUUGAUUUAGUCGAAGUUGUGGAGAGACAAUUUGGUAAACUUGAAAAGUUUGCAACUGACAAUUUUGAAAGUUUACAAACCAUUGGAAAUAGUGACGUCCCCUUUUCAGAUGAGGAAAAAAUCAUGUCAGCUAUGAUCGAAUUGGGAUAUCGUGAAGUAUUUGAUAAGGAAUAUAGUUCAGAAUGGUAUCAGCUUCAUAAAAAAGGAAAACAAAAUGAAAGUUUUAUUCGUACUAAUAUCAACGAGAACGUUGCUGAGGAUUUCGACGAAGUAAGCAGUGUUCUCGAUCCAUUGGAGACAACAAGUGGGAAGAUGAAAUUACCAAAAAGAAAGGAAUAUCAGACCAUCUAUCGGAACGAAUAUCAAGCACCGCUACAUUCUUUUAAUUAUAGAGCAGGUGCUGAGAAUAAAGGUAUGAGAGAAAAGAAAUCUGUUAGUACUGAUGCAAGGUUGGAACAUAACCCGGAACACACAGCGGAAGUAAAUGGUGAUGGACCUGAUGGUUGGAAGAAAGUCACUCCUGAAUUUAAAGAAUCUGUUACGGAACAAUUACGAGAAUGGGCUUUUAGAGUAUUGGCGACUAAAACGGUAGAUGGGAAAAAGAAGCCAAAACAUGAUUUCCUACCCGAUAGCAUUGAUAUUGAACGAUAUUUAAAAGAUCCUUCGGUUACUGACCUCAAAAAAUGGGACAUGCUGAAACGUAUAUGUUACUUACAACACCUAUCAUAUAAGAUUAAAAUGGAUAAGAAGGAACCGUCCGUUCCUGUCGAAGUGGAAAAAGAUAUGGGCAGUAUAGAUAUUAAUGAAGAUGAGCUUGAUGAUGAUGAAGUUGAUGAGCUGCUAGCACAGAUAGCACCCUCCAUCUGUCAGGGAGAUACUGUUACUGGUCAACUACUAAACUUGAGAUUUAUUGAUCCAUACUCAUUCGAAGAUCCCCUAGAUGUAUCAUUCUACGAAGAUAUUUGGCUUGCUAUAGCACUAAGAAAUACCCUCAUUUACCGAUAUGUGUUUCAUUGUCAGCCUGACAAUGAAGUGCAAAGUUGGAGAGAUUAUAAGGAAUUUAAUAAGUUAUUCAAUGAGUUUUCUGUGGAACAAAACAAAUCAAUCGAACGAACUGCAAAAAGGAUGGCUACUAACUCCAAAGCAUCACAAACAAGUUCUUCUUCUACUGAGUCGCAGGAUAACUUACAAAUUCCCAAGAGUGAAAAUGCUACAAUUGAAAAGGGCGAAAAGGUUAAAGAUGUCCCUACGGAACCUGGGAAGGAUCUUCUAGAAGAGGCUCAAGACAAAAUAAAGAAGGAAGCUGUAUCCAGAAUAAAAAUGAGAUUUUCAAAUAGUAUCCUUUACGGUUUCAAGCCCAGAAUUUUCACAAGAUAUACUGCGAGGAAGAUGUUGGAGAGAGUUCAUGGCCAUUUGGUGUUAUUCCCAACUGAAUGGUUGUCCAAGGAACUAGAUUCGAAGAAUUGGUUCUAUAGUAUGGACAGACUUCCACCGAUUACUAUAUAUGAUUAG